UCACCGUAGCGUCGAAACCCUUUCUGGAUUGCCCGCAAAACCCUGGUCCACUAUCGAAUGUCUACUCUCCAUUGCUUCAGUUUAGAAUUUGUCCAUUGCCGGUGAAUUCUGGCCCGAUAUUCUCCAAUUUCUCUUGCUGAUAAAAGUCGUUGCUUGCCUUCCCCGCAUCUGUUUACCCAGCUUCUUGUUCUCCGCUAAUGGAUGUAUCCCCGGAAACCCUAAAAACCCUUUCCGAUUGGUUCCUUCUCUCCCUCUCUCCCCUUGCCGAGCCACGCCGCGCUUCCGAAUCCUCUCUCUCCGAAGCUGCAAACCAGCAGGGCUUCUCACUUGCUGUCCUCCGCCUCGUCUCGGAGCCCUCCGCCGACGAGCAGGUCCGCCUCGCAGCAGCCGUACACUUCAAGAACCACAUUCGCGCCCGAUGGCCCCCUUCCUCUUUCUCCCCCAUCCCCGAUCCUGAAAAAACCGUGAUCAAGGAUCGCAUUGUUGCACUCAUGCUCUCUUCUGCUCCUCGGAUCCGUAAUCAGCUUAGCGAGUCCCUUGCCAUUAUUUCCUCCCACGACUUCCCGCAAUCCUGGCAUACCCUUUUGCCGGAACUAGUUUCCAACCUCCGCUCUGAGAUAGACUAUGCUAAGAUCAACGGCCUCCUCGGUGCGGCCAACUCCAUCUUCUCUAAGUUUCGCCACUCAUUUGAUACUUCUGCUCUUCGCCUAGACCUUAAGUACUGCCUUGAUGGUUUUUCCUCUCCUCUCCUCGAGAUAUUCCUCAAGACCUCUCAGAUCAUCUUCGGAAGCAGUACAUCCGGCUCGUUAUCCCCUGAUGCUCUUUGCCUCCUCUUUGAGUCCCAGCGUCUCUGCUGUGAGAUUUUCUAUUCUCUCAACUCCAUCGAGCUUCCUGAAUUCUUUGAGGAUCACAUGAGAGAGUGGAUGACUGAGUUCCUGAGCUACCUCACCAACACCUUCCCAGCAGCAGUGGAGGCUAAUGGCACUGUUGAUGCCCUCCGCUCGGCAGUGUGUGAGAAUCUCCAACUCUAUAUGGAGAAAAAUGAGGAGGAGUUUAAGGAUUACCUCAAGGAUUUUGCUGCUGCUGUCUGGAAUCUCCUCUUGACCCAGGCUUCUUCACCCUCCCGUGAUCAGCUUACCAUCACGGCAAUCCGGUUCCUCACUACAGUCAGCACUAGUGUCCACCAUUCUCUAUUUGGGAGCCCAGAAAUCCUGCAGCAGAUUUGCCAGAGUAUUGUUUUCCCAAACGUACGACUUAGGGAUGAUGAUGAGGAGCUCUUUGAGAUGAAUUAUGUUGAGUACAUACGUAGAGACAUUGAGGGAAGUGAUGUGGAUACCCGGAGGCGAAUUGCCUGUGAGCUUUUGAAAGGUCUGGCUGCAAACUAUAAGGAGCAGGUAAUGACAUUGGUAUCGGGUCAGAUACAGAACAUGCUGGUGUUAUAUUCUGCAAACCAGUCAGAGAACUGGAAGGAGAAGGAUGCUGCAAUUUAUUUGGUGACUUCACUGGCAGCAAGGGCAGGUGGAAUCGUGGUGGGGACCCAGGUUGUAGAUGUGGAAAGCUUCUUCACUUCUGUUGUGGUUCCUGAGUUUCGCAGAAAUGUGAAUGAAGGAGGAAUUUUGUAGGCUUCUGCUAUGAAAUUCUUUACGGUGUUCUGUGAACAGAUUCCCAAGCACACAGCAAUUGCUCUCUUGCAAGACGUGAUAAAUUUUAUUGGAGCUAAUUCUAAUGUGGUUCAUUCCUAUGCAGCAAAUUGUAUAGAGAAGCUUUUGCUGGUAGGGGACAGGGAAAGAUCUUCAGUGAGUAUUGUGGCAUUUCAGCCACGGUAUGGUGCUUUAGAUAUUAAUCCCCACCUGGCACCAUUAAUUAGAAAUCUUUUCGAAGCAUUACAGUUGCCCGAUUCAAAGGAAAAUCAAUAUAUUAUGAAGUGCAUCAUGAGGGUUCUUGGGGCAGCUGAUAUUAGUGGUGAUAUUGCUAAGCAAUGCAUUGUUUGCCUCGUUUCAGUUCUUGCAGAAGUGUGUAAGAAUCCCACAAACCCGGUCUUCAAUCAUUAUUUGUUUGAAUCAAUUGCUGCUUUAAUCAGGAGAACAUGCGAGAAAGAACCAUCACUGAUCACAGCAUUUGAAGCAGCACUUUUCCCAGUUCUUGAAAAUAUUUUAAGGAAUGAUGUGACUGAAUUUUGGCCAUAUGCAUUCCAGAUAUUUGCCCAGCUUGUUGAGCUCAGCAGGCCUCCCCUCUCACAUAAUUACAUGGAGCUCUUCAAGGUUCUUCUAAUGCCAGAAACUUGGAAGAGGCCUGCAAAUGCUCCUGCCCUGGUUCGCCUGCUGCAGGCGUACCUUCAAAAAGUUCCAAAUGCAGAGCUUAACAAUGAGGGAAGAUUGAGUCAAGUACUUGGAAUAUUUAACAAGCUUGUAUCAACAUCCAAUACUGAAGAUCUGGGUUUUUAUGUGCUGAAUACUGUUGUGGAGAACCUUGGGUUUGAUAUGAUAGGACAAUAUAUUGCUCAUAUCUGGGCUGCACUUUUCACUCGUCUGCAAAAUAGACCUACUGUAAAGUUUGUGAACUCACUUGUGGUUUUCAUGUCACUGGUUUUGAUUAAACAUGGCGCUGCUGUUCUGGUUGACUCCAUAAAUGCAGUUCAAGCUAAUAUUUUUGUAGCUAUCAUGGAUAGGUUCUGGAUUCCAAAUCUAAAGUUAAUUUCGGGUACCAUUGAAGUGAAGUUGACUUCAGUUGCCUCUACAAGAUUAAUUUGCGAGUCUCCCACUCUAUUGGAAGUUUCAGCAGUGGAACUAUGGGGCAAGAUGCUUGACAGUAUAAUUGCUCUGCUUGUCCAACCAGAGCAAUCUGGAGCUGAUUUAGAAAAUGCAAUAAUAGAUGUUCCCGAAAAUGUGGGCUACUCAGCAUCUUUUGCUCGCUUGCAUAAUGCUGGGAAAAAUGAGGAGGAUCCUUUGAAGGACACUAAGGAUCCAAAGGAAUUUCUGAUCAAAUCUCUUGCUGGUCUUUCAGCACAUAGUCCAGGAAGAUACCCUGGGAUCAUUGAAAAGUUUGUGGAUCCAGUCAAUCAAAAUGCUCUUAGUCAGCUCUGUGCUACAUAUGGUUGUGCCAUAGUCUAGGUUCAGAAGGUUUUAGAGAUUGCUGGAUUUCAGGUCAAGAGGAUCCUGCUAUAGUUCCAGUCAAAGAGUUAAUUGCACUGCGAGCAGCAAGGAAGUAAUGGGUAAGGUCCCUCUGAUUACAGAUCAGAGCUGGUCUUGCUUCCACCUGCCCCUUUUUUUCCCCAUCCCAAGUGAUCACAUGUUGAGCAUUUUGUUUGAAAAUAUCGACAGAAAUUAUGUGCAGGUGAUAUUGCUUUCCCCUCGGCUGUUUUAUUGAGUAUGCUUUUCAGGGUAUAUCAUGUAAUUUAAGGGCUUCAUGAUUGUCAAGUCCGACCUUUUGUUUCUUACACAAUUCAUGGUAAAGAAUUUUGUCAAAGUUUUGAAAAUCUGGUCUUUUUUUCUUUCUUGAAACAGGAGCUUUAUUUUGUAUCGCCAGUCUGCGUCGAUGUAUUCUAUUUUUUUUUUCUUUUCUUUUCAGACAGGAAAUUACAAUCACUUUAUGUUUGUACUUUAUUGAGGAUUAAAUUAUGUGUGUUUUUUA